UUCAGUUCACUCAUCCACUAAGCCCCUGUGGAGGUGCAUGGCACAUCUCGACAGGUCUGUAGGAAGACAUACCUUCUUCUGACAGUGGAAGGACUGGGACUACGUUUGAGGAACAUACAGCAUCAAUCUAAUGGAGAAUUAAGAUUGACUACUUCAGAAUGCAGUCGUUUGUUCACCAAACUACUUUGGGUGCACCAAAACCUUAAAUUGAACACUUACCUUUUGGCAGAGACAGCUGCAGUAACGGUAAGCUACAUGUUGAUACCAGACCUGUGCUCUCUCACUUUGAGUCUUGUUUAGAUUGGACCUGCUACCGCAUUGACCCACCUGUCACCUGGCAUCAUGAGAUUGGUCCUGGGAGCAGGGGUCCUGCUUCUGGGGGCCCUCCAUCUGUUGGCUCAGGAUUCGGAUUAUGACGACAUGGUUAUCAGGCCCAGAGACAUCCUUGAUGCCAGCGGCCUGUGCCCGGUGAACGUGUACUUUGCCAUAGACACCUCAGAGAGCGUGGCUCUGAAGGAGCAACCCUGGGGAAACCUGGUGGAGGAGCUUAAAAUAUUCAUUCAACUGCUUGUGGAGAAGCUGGAUAGGUCCCACACAUCCAUGUCUGUCACCCCCUCCCCAUCUUCUGCCUUAAGCUCCAGCAAGAUCCGCUGGGCUUAUGGCGGCCUGCACUUCUCAGACCGCGUGGAGAUCUUCAGCAACAUUGAGACCGAUACUCAGAUGUUUCUGUCACAGCUACAGCUUGUUCGUUAUAUCGGUCGGGGUACUCACCUCGACUGCGCCUUGAGAAACAUGACGGCUCAAGUGCGUUUUGCCAGUCGCAAUAGGAAACCAAGGUUGCAGUAUGCCGUGGUGCUGACAGACGGAUACAUCACAGGAAGCCCUUGCGGUGGGGUCCAGCAGGCCGCAGAGGAAGCCAAGGGGGCGGGCAUGAAGAUAUUUGUGGUGGCUACGGACAAGGAGACGGUGGAGAACGAGCUAAAACAAAUUGCUAGUCCACCUGUGGAGGUUUACAGGAGAGACUACCUGGCAUAUCCCAGCACCCCCCGUCAGGCAGCAGUAAACAGCAUAGCUGAGAGCAUAGUGAAACAUGCUGAAUAUGAGUGCCAGGUACCCAUGUGUGUCCAAACAGAUGGAUUUCCUGGUGAAAAAGGGUAUAAAGGAAUGAAGGGCAAAAAGGGAACUGCGGGUGCAAUCGGAGACCCUGGUCUCCCUGGACAACAGGGGGACCUUGGUGUUGAGGGACCAAUUGGUUUGCCUGGUCCAAAGGGAUCUCCUGGACUAAAAGGAGAAAAGGGGGAUUUUGGAAUUUCUGGGACAAAGGGUCAAAAUGGAGCAGCUGGGUAUGAUGGCAUUGAAGGAGAAAAGGGAAAAACUGGCACCAUGGGUACGCCUGGAUGUAAAGGAGACCCUGGCAUGCAAGGAGAUCCAGGUUCUCCUGGGGACUUUGGGGUCAAAGGUGAAGCAGGAACAACAGGUGAAAAGGGUGUUGCUGGGUGGAGUGGGAGACCAGGAGCUCAGGGGGAUCGUGGCACGCCAGGGAGAAAAGGUAUCUCUGGCUAUGCAGGAAACACAGGUCUGUCUGGAAUAAAAGGAGCAAAGGGCCAGCCUGGACUUGCAGGGGCUCCAGGAGAUGAUGGCAUCAGAGGGGAUAGUGGAGAUGCUGGUCCACGGGGGAGGACAGGCAGAAAAGGAGCUAAGGGAGAGCUAGGGCCAGAAGGUGAAAGGGGACUCACAGGAGACAAAGGAGCAGCAGGCUCCACAGGCGCCCCAGGUUUCCCAGGGGUCCGUGGUCCAGCAGGUGACAAAGGGGAGUUGGGAGCUCCGGGUUCCCAGGGACAGAUAGGGGAAUUUGGACCCAGAGGAGAUGCAGGGGGGCCAGGGGCAAAGGGAGACAAAGGAAAAUAUGGCUACAACUACGCAGGACCCAGAGGUGAACAGGGUGACAGAGGAGAACCUGGCUUACUUGGCUUGCCGGGCUCCAGAGGGUACUAUGGUGAGAAAGGAGAAGAAGGGUCCAAAGGAGGGACAGGAGAGCCAGGAGAGCCAGGGCUUGAGGGGACUCCAGGAGACAGAGGGAUAAGAGGUCCGCCUGGGUCUUCAGGAUCCCCUGGCCCACGCGGGCGUUCAGCACUGACUGAGUGUGAACUCAUGGGACAUGUAAGAGAAACAUGUGGAUGCUGUGACUGUGUGAAGAUGUGUCCUCCUCUCGACCUGGUGUUUGUGAUUGACAGCUCUGAGAGUAUAGGAAAAACCAACUUCAGCCUGGCUAAGAAUUUUGUUCUUAGUGUGGCAAACAGACUGGGGUCAAUGGCUAAGAACAAAACUGAUGUAUCAGGGUCCCGUUUUGGCGUGGUCCAGUAUAGUCACCUCGGAGCUGUUCAGGUUAUCCAGAUGGAUGACAAGACUGUGACCUCUUUGACCUCCUUCAAGGUCAAGGUCAAGGCCUUGGAGUGGAUUGCGGGAGGCACCUGGACCCCAUCCGCACUGAAGUACACCUAUGACAACCUGAUCGUCCCCGGGCGCAGGCCCGGCACCAAGGUAAUGGCAAUAGUCAUCACGGACGGUCGGUACGACCCUAAGGAUCUGGACAGUCUGGGGUCUCUGUGUGGCGGGGUGGAUGUGUACGCUGUCGCCAUAGGUGAUAUGUUCAAGACCGGAGCUGAGAGGCAGAAUCUGGAGAGGAUAGCCUGCAACAUGACUGACCAGGUGAAGACCUUGAGCGUGUACGCAGAGCUGACAGCGGAAGACUUCCUGGAGGAGGUUGAACAGUUGCUUUGCCCAGAUCCAGAGACGAUCUGUCCGGACCUGAAGUGUGCCCCGGAUAUCAAUGUCGCUCCCCUGGUCCAGCGCCCUGUCGACAUCCUGUUCUUUGUGGAUGGCUCUGAGAGAACAGGGCCAGGAAAUUUCCGGACCGUUCUGGGCUUCAUCAGCAGACUGGCCCAGGAAAUCCCUCUGUCCAUUGGGGAGUCGGACCCAAAGGGGGCUCGCUUUGCUGUCCUGCAGAUUGGAGGGGAACAAGACCCAGAAGUCCUUCUAGAUUUCUCCUACAGUUCCAGCAGCAUCAGCUCCCUGGCCUUCCAGGCUGUGUACCGAGACUCCUCUGCCAGACUAGGAGGCGCCAUCCUCUAUGCUGUUAAGAACCUGGUUGUGAGCCCCGGAGGCCGGUUCCGAGGAGUCCGUAGAAAUGCUGAGAUAUCUUUUGUGUUUGUCACCGACGGGGUGGUGUCUGAUAGGAACAUGGUGCAGGCUGUGGACGCCAUGAAGAAAGCCAAUGUAGUCAGCAUGGCAAUUGCAGUGGGCCCUGAGGUAGAUAGAGCCAGGCUUCUGCAGCUUACUUUAGGGGACAAAUCUCUCAUCUAUAACCUGAAGAGCUUUAAGGAAAUGACUGCUCCAGGUGUUGUGAGGUCUAUUGGUCGUUGUCUCGGUUAAGCAAAGUUUUGUCUCUGCUGCUCUUUGUCAGAAAAGACAGUGCUAUACUGACCUAGAAGGUAUUACAGUUUUUUUUGUCGCUUUGGCUCAAAUUUCAAAUAUAAGUACAAUUGUUAUUGCUCUAUAACUACAUGCACAUGACUCGUUGGUCAAAACUGAUGAGUUAAUUCUCUGUGACUCUUCACAACUUCUAAACAUUCUUUCAUCAUGUAAGCCAUCACAUGCAAAAUAAUCCAUUCAAUUAUAAAACUCUGUCCGACACAUGUAUAUUCCCUAAAUAUGUAUAACAUGGAAUGUUUGUGAUGUCUGCUAAAUUGGGAAAUUACCUGCAAGGUAACAUGAAAUAGGAAUCACAACCUAACCAACAAUAAAACAAUCUUUUUUUUCCUGCAUGGAUGUCAAUUUGUGACAAUUUUCUGUUCAGUAUAACUUUACAUGUAAGAAAUAUGUAAAACAUUGACAUGCAAAUGUGAAUUUUCUGUUUACAUGUAAUGCAUUGCUACAAAAGGUGUUACUGUAUACCUACAAAUGUGUAUAUCUUUUUUAUGUGUACCAUAGUGUUCUACAGUACUGACUUUCCCAGUAAACCUUUACCAAUUGUUGAAAUCAGUAUCUUAAAAGCUCAGCAUUAUACACAAUAGCAAUAUGCUUGACAAAACUGACAUUCUUGUAUUGUACAGUAAGCAGUCAGUGUCAACCAAGAACUUGAACAAAAAUGAAAUUUGUAUUAAACAUUUUCAGAGUUGACUGCCAUGGUAAAAAAUCUUCUAAUAUAUAUUUUUUCGUUUUGGUGGCAUUGGCCAAUUUACUGACAAAAUACUGUUAAAGAAUCUGGAAAGUAUUUCCAAAAAACGAGCCAAAGGGAUUGAGACAAACUGUAACUCUGAGAGAAUUGUUCGUUUGACUGAAUGCUUCAAUUUAUGGUGCUGGGUAAAUACAAAUACAAGUUCAAAUAAACCAUGUGUGUUAUCAUGGCCAGUCACACAUACAGUAGUGUGUACUUUAGUUCUCAAAACUAAGACUUUUCCAACAAUUUCCCUUUCCAUCUUCCCUUUCCAUCUCAUUUUCUCUCUCUAUUAUCACAAAUCAUCAACACCUCUUGAAAGAUAAGCGACUGAGUACCUGACACCAACGAUGUGUGUAUUGAAAGUGAUCUUGUCUGUAUCUGUAAAGUCAGUGUACAAAACAAUGGAUGGAUCUUGUAAUUCCAUGAAUUUAUCUGAUCUGUUUUGACAUUUGUUUUGUGUCUCCGGGAAGAGCAGAAACAGAUGAGGUUGGAACUUUGCUUGACAGUAAAGAGUUUUGACUUUCAGAAUAAAUGCUGGAAUACAGUUGGCAUUGAAAGGAG